AUGGACAACGAGAACUUGUCUAGCACUGGGGACUACACACUUCCUGAGAGCGGUCGUAUCGCCCACAGACCUCGGACCAUCAACGACUUGCCUACCGACGUCCUAGUCAUCAUCCUCGGCGAGGCUUUCUACGCGGUCGUCCAGCCCUACAAUCAACGAGAAGCAGCUCUCUCGGAUUCCCUAAAACUAGCAUCCUGGCCUGGCUAUGAAGACCGCGUUCAAGAGCAUCCCUUCGCAGAGUCCCUCGCUAGCGUCUGCCCGCUCUGGCGCGAGGCCAUGUCAAACGCCUCCUGCUUCUGGACUCCGCUUGUCAUCUGGCUGGGAACAGACUCUACGCCGCUUUCGACAGUCCGUCAGUAUCUGUCCUGGUCACGUCACCAACUCCUCGAGGUCUACGUCUUGCGCAGGUACGACCCUUUGAUAGAAGACCGCACGGAGAAGGCCCAGGUAGCGGCCAUCGUCGAGAUGCUGCUGCCGCACGUGAAGCGGUGGAAGGUCCUGUGCAUGAAGCUCCUCCACUCAAGCUCACUUCCUCGCCCGCGUAUCGACCUCGUGGGACCCGCGGACAUCCUGGUCCGCCUCAACCUCGACUUCAUCAUCGGGCAUCCCGCGACGGCCAUGCCCACAUGUUACGUGAAACCCUUCCCCGACCGCUGGAUGCCACCCAAACUCGCCCGCGUCGCCCUGACCAACUUCACCCGAGGCCGCGAGCGAUUCCGCGUAUUUGACCUCCUGCGCCUUAAUGGACUUUCCGAUCCCGUUCCCGCCCAACCGGGCGUGGAGGUCAGCGUGAGCUUCGUCGACAUGUCCGGCGUCGCCAUCAUGCAGUACCACCGCCUCCUCGAAAACGACGAUGCCUGGGUGCCGGCCAUCGCGUACACGCGCUGCGCGCUCCCCGAUAUGCCCUGCGCCCAUCACCUCGGCUCGUCGGGCACCGUCCGCGUCAGCGGGAUUGCGUGCCGGCGGACGUUGACGCACUACCUCACGGAGUACUUCCAUGACGCGACGAUCGUGGACUGCGGCGGACUCUGCGCGGAAGUCUUCCAGGCGCUCGCGAAGCCUACGUGGGGAGACGAGUGGCAAUGCCCACACCUCGAAUCCUUAACUAUCGUUGGAUGCACGAGCUUCAGCAGCGGCGACUUGAGGGCGGCGCUGGAGGCACGGCAUAAGGUACAUGAGGCGGCGGGAUUUCCGAUGGCGUCGUACCCGGGGCAUACGGUCUCGUCAGUGGAGUGUCUCCGCGUGCAUGGUUGUUGCGAGCUUGCGCAGGAGGAUAAAAGUGGUUUGACGAGUAUGUGGGGGAAGUUCGGUGGGACGACUGGGCAGGAGGACGGUGGGCGUAGGCUUUCUCCCGAAAAAGCGACCUCUCCUCCGUCACGGAGGUCUUCGAGCUAGCCUCGACCUAGCAUCUGUAUGCCAUGGUCGCGAUCUCGUAUUUGAAGGUAGCCGACCCUUCAGCCAAACUGAAUCGAAAGGGUGAACGCGAACCUUCGUUUAUUCUUGCCCUCCGCCGCGAAGUUCUGUAAUAAUGGUCAACGGUGAUGUACAAUAGUAAGAAUCAAUGAAACGUAGUAGUCUUGGUAAGCAAUGGUACAUAACAACUCGAAGCGC